CGGGCAUCGGGUCACCAGGCAUCAGGUCAUUUUUUGGCUCGACAACAGCGGGCACCGCGUCAUCUGGCAAGGCAGUGGCUCUCCGGUCAAUCAGGUAUGACCGUCUGGCUCGACAGCAGGACAUUGGGAUCACCAUGUAUGACAGCGGGCACUGGGUCACCAGGCAUCAGGUCAUUUGGCUUGACAGCGGGCACCCGCGUCAUCUGGCAAGGCAGUGGGCAAACCGGUCAACCAGGCAUUGAUCGUCUGGCUCACAGCGGAGCCAUCGGGUCACCAGGCAUCAGGUCAUUUGGCUCGCCCAGCGGGCACCGCGUCAUCUGGCAAGGCAGUGGCACCGAGUCCACCAGGUACGACAGCGGGCUCUGAGUCAAUUGGCACGACAGCGGGUUCAACCGGACCAGGUAAACCCGGAUCAUCUAGUCUACACAUUCAGCAGGGCAUCGAGGAUUCAACUGGC